AAACCCUCAGGUCCGGGUUUAAGCCACGCCCCCUGCCUCCUACCUGUCGAAAAGUGCAAAAACUUUCUCCUGCUCUCACCUGGACUGAACAUUUGAGUGAAGAUGAGUCUGCCGGACUACAGAUCAGCUGAAAAACAGUCGUCACCCGCGGCUCCAGCUCCAGUUGUGCAGCUGAACGUCGGGGGUCACCUGUUCAGCACGUCACUGAGCACGCUCAGGAAACAUCCCGACUCCAAGCUGGCCGAGCUGUUUGGCGGACAGUCCAAACUACACGCCGACGCACAGGGACGUUUCUUCAUCGACCGCGACGGUUCGCACUUCGGUGUCAUCCUCGAGUUCCUGAGGUCGGAGCAGCUGCCCACAGAGAACAUCCAGGAGGUCCACAGGGAGGCGGUGUACUAUAACAUCAAACCGCUGAUCAAACGUCUGGAGGAAACUCCUCAGCUGUUUGGGGAGCUGGUGGGAAGGCAGCAGUUCCUCUCCAGAGUCCCGCACUACAAAGAAAACAUCGAGGUGCUGAUUCGUAUCGCCAGAGCCGAGGCCAUCGCCACCCGCCACUCCACCAUCAUGAUCUGCGUGCUGCGGACGGAGGAGGAUUUGGGUUUCUACGAGAACGCCAUCAACAGCCUGGAGGCGGAUAAGGAGUCGGUGGUGACGUUCGGACCGUGGAAGGCCGUCCCGUCCGUCAAAGACCUGCUUGACUGUGUAAAGAUGGACAUCGAGAGUCAGGGCUACAGCGUGAACAUCCAGCAUCACGUCAUGGAGAAGAGCUUCCUGUCCAGGAGCUACAACUUCUUCUACAAAGUCGUGUUCACCUGGUGGUGAUGAGACGGGCUGCGUUCCUGUUUUUAAUCGGCGCAGAAGUGAAAGCUGUACAUACUGUUUCUGAAAAUGACCAACAGCCUUGUGAUAAAUAACAUUUGUUCAAAGCUGGUUCGGUUUUUCCUACACACUUUGAAGUCAUGCUGCAUGUAAAAAAAAAAAAAAAAGAAAUUAAAGGGAGUUUUGAUUUGGAACAUCUUAGACACAGGAGGUCAGUGAAACGUCUGUAGAUAAUGAACUUGUCUGAAACGUGUUGAAUCUCUGUUAGACAUGUUUUAGAAAUGUCCAUUAGAUGCCGCUGUGUCUUCAAAUAGUUUGCCUCCUUACAGGAAGCUAAGGGUUAGUGAGGUAAGCAAAUGUAAUUAAAUUAUCCCAAACAUCCUAACAGGUAACAUUACAGCAGUCUGAGAGCCUGCAGGGGGGGUCUGAUCUAAACAUCCCUUCCAAGAUGUCACGAUUUCAAACACACAUAAGUUUCUCCUUUACAAAAAUAUCACGAAUUCCACGAAAAGGGUCCUCGACCGCAGAGGAAGCUCUCGGCGUCCCUAAGAAACUCCUUUGUGCUGGUGUUUAAAAUAAAAAACUAACCUGAAUCUCUCUCA